UUUCAGCAAUGAAAUUUUAAUUAAUGUGGGUGGGCUGAGAACACAGCGACUGUUUAUCAUAGACAAUUUAUUUUCCAGCGCUAAGUCAACAUAUAAUAGCAAACUUACAACAAUUAUUUAACAUUUUUAAAGCCAUGAAGAAGGGACAGAGCCCGGAGCCGCCGGGGAGAGCGGUUGAGCGGGAGGCAGGCGCAGGGCAGGCUCCCCUGGAGGGCCCUCGCGGCGCGGGGCACCGUCCCUAAGCCGCCCGGGUCGCCCGCGACGCCGGAGCGCAGCGCGGGCUCCCGCUCGCCAUGAGCCACCUCUUCGGCCCCCGGCUGCCUGCUCUGGCCGCCUCUCCCAUGCUCUAUCUGUACGGCCCCGAGAGACCCGGGCUGCCCCUGGCCUUCGCCCCCGCGGCCGCUCUGGCGGCCUCGGGCCGGGUGGAGCCCCCCCAGAAGCCGCCCUACAGCUACAUCGCGCUAAUCGCCAUGGCGAUCCAGGACGCGCCCGAGCAGAGGGUCACCCUGAACGGCAUCUACCAGUUCAUCAUGGACCGCUUCCCCUUCUACCAGGAUAACCGACAGGGCUGGCAGAACAGCAUCCGCCACAACCUCUCGCUCAACGACUGCUUCGUCAAGGUGCCCCGCGAGAAAGGACGGCCCGGCAAGGGCAGCUACUGGACGCUGGACCCUCGCUGCCUGGAUAUGUUCGAGAAUGGCAACUACCGGCGCCGGAAGAGGAAGCCCAAGCCGGGCCCCGGAGCCCCGGAGGCCAAGCGGGCCCGCGCCGAGCUGCAGGAGCGCGGCGCAGAAGCGCAGCCGGAGGUGGGGAGCGGGGGAGCGCGCCCCCGCCCCGCGACCCCCAUCCACGAGGGAGCGCCUGCGCGCCCCUCGCCCCUCCGGGAAGCCUCCUCUCCUCCGGCGUCCCUCCACCGGCCCAGGCCCGCGUCGCCCUCUGGGGACGCAGGCGACGCGCUCCAGGGCGCAGCGGCCGUGGCCGCCAGCCAGCCCGCGCGCACGGUGGAUGGCUCGCGGUCCCCUCCGCGCCCCGCCUCCCGCAGUUCUCCGAAGAGCUCGGACAAGUCCAAGAGCUUCAGCAUAGACAGCAUCCUGGCGGGGCGGCAGGGGCCAAAGCCGGCUGGAGGGGGCGAGCUCCUGGGGGGCGCCAAGCAGGGGCCCGGCGGCUGUCUGGGUGCCUCGCUGCUGGCCACCUCCUCCGGCCUCCGGCCACCUUUCAACGCCUCCCUGAUGCUCGACCCGCACGUCCAGGGCGGCUUUUACCAGCUCGGGAUCCCUUUCCUCUCCUAUUUCCCCCUGCAGCUCCCCGACACGGUGCUUCAUUUCCAGUAAAGCAAACAGUGCCUGCUCUUUCCCCUGCCCUGGUCUGAGCGUCCUGUGAGCGACCCAGGACUCCCACCGCUGGAGAAAGAAGUCGCGUGUUUUUUAAAAAAAUGAUUUCCUCCGCCGACUCCGGGGAAGUAUUAGCGACCUCUGCGCAGGGAAGAGCACACUCCCCUGCCUCCUGC